AUUGACGGUUAAUCUAUUUAUUUUGUGGUUAUUUCGUAAUGACAAAAACUUGUAUAUGACGGUUGAUAAUGAAACAUGGCUAAAUACAUAGCUCAGAUAAUAGUUUUGGGCGCUCAGGUUGUAGGUCGAGCAUUCGCACGCGCCUUGAAACAAGAAAUAGCUGCAUCCCAAGAGGCAGCGAAGAGGGCUGGCGGUGGACCCGAAGGAGCGCGGAGAGCUGCUGCCAAUGCUUCCACAGGGUUGACUUUAGAAGAAGCAAUGCAAAUAUUAAAUAUAGAAAAAGUAGACCCCGAGAAAAUUAGUAAAAAUUAUGAACACCUUUUCGCCGUAAACGACAAAUCGAAAGGAGGUUCGUUUUAUUUGCAAUCGAAAAUCGUAAGAGCGAAGGAGAGAUUAGAUGCGGAACUAAAACAAACAUCACCCAACUCCGAGCAGGGCCCGUCUAAAGACACUUCAUGAGACUCAGCUGUGAUUUAGUGUGUAGUGAUUAAAAUUAGUAAAUUGAUUUUCCUGUAAAAUAUGUUUAUUGAGUACAAACGCCCACAAUAGUGACUAGAAUACAUCAGUCUUCAUAAACAUUGAUUAUGCUUUAAUACAAAAUUUCAUUGAUAUUAUAUUACUGUAGAAAGUUUAAUACAAUCAGUUACAUUACUUGCUAAAGCAUUGUUAGUUUUAUUG